GUGGGUGUGGUCAGGAUGGUGUUGGGCGCUCCGGACUGUCAGGUGCAGAGAGACCGGAGGAUGGAGAGCCGGACGGUGCGCGUGGAGAGAGGCCAGAGGGCGCAGGUGGUGUGUGUGCUGGGGACCCGCAUCGUCAUAGAUCUCAAUGGCGGCUCUCCGGCGGACUGCAAGUGGUUCAGCAUGCGGCACAGCCCGAACAUCGAGACCGAGAUACUCAACAGCGACGCCUCCAAUCAGAAGGUGGUCAAUGGAGAGAAGCUGUGGCCGCUGUCCAGGAAGACCGUGUUGGAGUUGUACAUGACACAGGCAAGCGCGGAGAUCAACGACGGCAAGAUAACCUUCGCCUACUAUGGAAAGGGGGCGGACGCUCCAGUGGAUAAAUCCGGAGUGUACCUCACAGCAGUUGGGAUUUCGCUGGAUGUUGACGCUGACCGCGAUGGAGUGGUAGAGAAGAAUAAUCCACAUAAGGCCUCGUGGACGUGGGGCCCCAACGGUCAGGGGGCCAUCCUGCUGGUGAACUGUGACAAGGACAGCCUGUUUUCCCGCACGGUGGACGGGGAUGAUAAUAUCUCGCUCUCCAAGACAGAUCUCCUGGACAUGUCCAAGAUGGUCCUCAGAAUUCAGGGGCCCGAGAAACUGCCUACGGGGUAUCAGCUGAUGCUUCACGUCUCCGCCACGGAUGCACAGAGCCUGGGUGUCUUCUAUCUUCACAGUAAAGUGUACACGCACGUCCUGGGCAGGCAGAAGUUAUUCUACAAGACCCGCUACACGGGGACUCGAGAACUGGAGUUCUUUGUGGAAGGUCUCCGCUUUCCAGACGAGGGUUUCGAUGGUCUGGUAUCCAUAAAGGCCAGCCUACUGGAGACUCAGGUGGAGGGCAUUCCGGAAACCCCAAUAUUCACAGACUCCGUGGCGUUCCGGAUCUCUCCCCUCAUAAUCACUCCCAACACUCUGGAUCCCAUCGAGGUUUACGUCUGCAGCGUUAAAGAAAAUUACCUCUUCUUGAAGGCAAUCAACAAUCUAGUGAGCGACGCCAAGCUCAAGGUCCGGAUCUGCUUUGAGUACGUCAACCGCGGCGAUCGUUGGAUGCAGGAUGAGAUGGAAUUUGGGUUUAUUCACGCUCCACAUAAAAGUUUUCCAGUCGUGUUGGAUUCACCGAGAGACAGAGGACUGAAAGACUUUCCCAUACGGCAACUGCUGGGACCAGAUUUCGGCUACGUGACAAAAGUGGCGGACGCUGACGAGGUGACCAGCCUGGACUCCUUCGGGAAUCUGGAAGUGAGCCCGCCGGUGACCGUCCGCGGCAAGAAUUAUCCACUGGGGCGAAUUCUGAUUGGAAGCAGCUUUCCCACAACCUCCGGGAGACGGAUGACCAAAGUGGUGAGAGAUUUCCUGCAGGCCCAGCGGGUUCAGCCGCCCAUCGAGCUCUUCAGUGAUUGGCUGUUUGUGGGUCACGUGGACGAGUUCUUGACUUUUGUGCCGGCGCCAAAUCGGAAGGGUUUCCGCCUCCUCCUGGCCAGUCCGGCCGCUUGUUUCCGAAUCCUGCAGGACAAGAAGCAGGAGGGACACGGAGACGCGGCCAUUCUCCAGGGAUUUGAAACCAAGAGGUGGACGGUCACCAAAGUCCUCUCCACGGAUAUCAUAGUGAAGGAGAACGGCUACGCUCAGCACUGCAUCGACUGGAAUCGUGAUAUCCUGAAGAAGGAGCUUGGUCUGACAGAAGACGACAUUAUCGAUAUUCCAGCUUUGUUCAAAUUGCAGGAUGGACAGGCCAUUGCGUUUUUCCCCAACAUGGUCAAUAUGAUCGUCCUGGGAAAGAUACUGGGAAUUCCCAAGCCAUACGGUCCAGUCAUCAAGGAGACCUGCUGCCUGGAGGACUAUGUCAUCGACCAGCUCAAGCCACUGGACCUGACCUGCACCUUCAUCGACGACGUGGUGUCCUACCACAAGAAGCUUGGCGAGGUGCACUGCGGCACCAAUGUACGCCGGAAGCCGUUCAGCUUCAAGUGGUGGCAGAUGGAAGAGCCACAGAGUGGCAAUUGAGAGCGAAACUUCCUGUCCCCCAUCUGUCCUCUCCUCCGAUCCGGUGUGCAGUGAAGCCCUCUAGUAUAUCGGGACUGUAAAAAUACUGCUAAUCCCAAUCCCUUUGUUGUGGGGCCACUAAUCAAGAAAGCAGAGAUACCAGAAUCCAAGGGCCACUCAGCUGCUACAGCCAUUGUAUAGACCAGUGAUCCCCAAACUGUGGCCCAGGAUGCGGCCUUCUGCUUGCUUUUUAUUUGGUGCUUGGGGCAAUAGUUCAUUCUCUAUCACCAAUGAAGGUGCUAUCGGGGGGGUCAUUGUGCCCCCUCGUAUAAAUGGCCAUAGGAAAGGCAACGCCAUAUUGAUGGUGAUGGUUUGGAAUGGGUUGUCCAACAAGCUCAGGUCAGGUGUCCACAAUUCUGCUCAUAUAUUGUAGAUGUUUGUUUCUCCUAAGAAUCUUGUAAUUCUGUUAUGUUUCCUGUAUUGCCCACCUGAUCUCCAUGUACUAUACAGACGCACAACUUCGUUCUAUCUCCCUCUCCAGAAUAAAUUACUCUUGUUUGUAGACAUGUGCACUGCCGAAAAA